CAAACAGAUAAUUCACCACAGAGAACUGCCCAAGAUAACCCCCAUGACACCGGAAAACAACAGAAAACUAUUGUAAGUCAGUUUUUGCAGAUUUUAACAUAUCACACAGUCUUUGUCAUGCAUACACAUAAAAACACAUAUACGAAGCUAUCUUCUACAAAGGUUUUCAUGGUUUCUAAAUAUGCAUCUGAAUCAGCCAGCAGUUUUGUUAUUUGCUGUCAUUGGUGUGGCACGAGUCAUGACACAUUCCAUCCUGCAGAAUCCAUCACCGGAGGGCCAUCAAGCUGCAACACGCAGUGUGUUGAGUGAUGAGACAGAGAUAAAGAAGAGAGAUUCUGGCUUACUUACCAACAUCUUUAUACUUACUUCCAUGUUAUUUUAUUUUUAAUUUUGUCUAUCUGACCAUUUGGGCAGUGUAGGUGGUUCAGUUGCGGUUAGUUGCGGGCGAGACGUGUCAGUGCAGCGCUGAUAGGCGUGGAGAACAGCGCAAGCGCGCCUAGACUCGAAAGCCGGAACGGCAUUUUUAUAGAAGAUUCUAAAUACAGUAAGCAGAUGGUGACAACGUCUUGCCAGAGAGGUACAGUGACAGUGCGAUAUCAGAAAGCUAAUCCGAACCAGGAAGGUGCCCACUGAGAUUAUCCUUACCAUCCAAUGCCAGCCUCUCCUGCAAACCCACAGAAUUCAUGACCACUGAAGACCCCUCUGCCUCGUCUUCUAUGGAGCCCGACCAGGAGAUUGAUCAGUGGUUGACCAGUCUGAACUUGCCCCAGUAUGCCUCCAGCUUCACCCGGGCUGGCUACCACUGCCUUAAGGACCUCAGAUGCCUAAAUGAGGAGAAGCUUCUUGAGGUGGACCGUAUCCCCACUGGACACCGGCGGAGGAUCCUAAGCAGCCUGGAGACCCUGAUGGUGGAAGAUGAUGGAGGUAAGGUUCCAGUGAGGAGAAAACCAAUCCCAAGACCUAGACAGUUAUUUCCCAAGGAUAGGCAGAGAGGAACAUCUUGCCAGCAUCCUCAGGGCAGUAACAUCCAGAUGGAAAGGCAGACUCUUUCUGCAAGGACUUGUAAGGGUUUGGAGACUGUUGCUGACCUAGAGCAGAUGGCCAUUGGCUCAGCUACGUACACUCUUCCUCAUACACUUUCUAGUGAUGCUUGUCAAGCUGCUUCCUCCAGCUCUAGCUCUGCCUCUGAGCACAGCAGCAACGAAUCAUUGGAGAACUUAUCAGAAGAGCCCUCCUGCUUUAGAGCAGAAACUAUUAAAGAUGAAAAUUAUUAUUUUCCUUCAGAAGGACCACCUGUAGGGUUUCAAGGAGAAAUGAUUGAAAAUGAAAUAUAUGAGGAAUGCCCAAUGGUUAAGGAACCUUCAAGCGCAAGGUCCACACGUUCCUUUAAGCUACGACACAGGCCUGUUCCAGAGAUCCCUGAACAUACCUUCAUACCACCUUAUGACUGGAGCGUGGCAGUGAACAGCACGGACCGUCUCAUAAGGUCUGAGGGACCCACUUGCCCCACAACCAUUCAGAAAGUGUCACUUCUAAAGAACUUGCCCUCCAUUGACCCCUAUGGAGAGCUUUUCCUGUACAAUACAGCAGAAAACAAACUGGAUUUGGGCAAAGAUUUAAUGUCCACUCAAGGAAUAAAAGAGAACCUGGAACAACAGAAGAUGAGGAAGAAGCAGACAAGAUCCAAAGUAGAACUGAACAGUAACAACAAGAAAGAUUUUUCCAAGCAACAUUAUGUUGAUGAUGAUGAUAGUGAUUACUCCACUGUCCAAGCAUCAACGCCCAGUCAGGAAUCAACCAAUAAAAGCUUUUCAAAACAACCUGCACCCUCUGUCCUUCUCUCCAGCACUGGACCAUCACCUGUAGCCCAGCUACAAAGAGAUGAUAAUGACCUAUACAGUGUGCCAUUGGAUGACUUAGCAGACCUAGUUAGACCCACUCUUCCUCCUGAAAGAGAAGUUUCCAUUUCACCUUAUGCCUGCUUUUAUGGGGCCCCUAAGACUAAUACUAAAGCAGGCUGGCUGGACAAACUGUCCCCUCAAGGGAACUGCAUCUUCCAGAGAAGAUAUGUGAAGCUGGAAAGAGGAAAUUUCACUUACUUCAACAGCGAUAAGGAGAUGUACUCAAAGGGCCUUAUUCCUGUUUCAGCAAUUAAACAAGUUCGAGCUCUGGGUGAGAAUAAGUUUGAGGUGGUCACUUCUGUAAGAACCUUUGUGUUUCGGGCAGAGAAAGAAGGAGAACGUCAGGAUUGGCUAGAGGUUCUGCAGUUUGCAGUGAGCUCCCAGUCCUCAAUUUCCCAUCAUCCUCGCAAAAAUAACACAAUCAAGAGCAGCUACGUUGAGCUGCGUGGCCUCAAAGGAAGAGUGUACCUCAGCCUCAUGGGAACCAUCUUCAGGCUCUGCAAAACAGACCAGGACUUUAAUGCUGGACUGGCCAUUGCUGAGGUGGACCUGACUGCUGCAUGUGUAAAACAGGUUGAGAGGAAGGGCUUUGAGAUCACUACACCUUUCAAAUCCUUUUGUUUCACAGCGGAGUCAGAACGUGAGAGAGAGGAAUGGAUGGAGGCAGUUCAGGAGUCCAUUGUAGAGGCGUUGUCCAAUUACGAGGUGCUGGAGAAGGUUUGGUUCAACAAGUCUAACAGGAAGUGCGCUGACUGUCAGGCUCCUGAGCCAGAAUGGGCAUCAGUUAACCUCGGUGUGGUCAUCUGCAAAAAUUGUUCAGGUCAGCAUCGGUUCUUGGGCCCUGGUAUCUCAAAGGUUCGCAGUAUGAAGUUAGACAGCAGCAUAUGGACCAAUGAACUUAUUGAGCUGUUUUUAGAGGUUGGGAAUAAAAAUUCAAACAGCUUCUGGGCAGCAAAUCUUCCCCCAGAGGAAGAGCUUUGCAAGCAGCCAUCGUCAGAGCAGCGGGCACUCUUUAUUCGCAGGAAGUACAAGGAGAGGAAGUACAAGAAAGUUCUGGAAGGUCUAAACACCCAGGAGGAACUCAACAAGGCCCUCUGUGCAGCGGUGGUUCUGCCUAAUGUCCUGCAGACCAUGGCCCUGGUUUUCAGUGGGGCAGACAUAAUGUGUGCGACGGGUGACCCUGAGCACUCCACUCCAUACCUGCUGGCUCAGAAAGCAGGCCAGAGACUGCAGAUGGAGUUCCUCUACCAUAACAAGCUCUCAGAUUUUCCUAAACUGGAGGCAGCAUUUGACAGUAGUUUUCCAGCCGCUGUUUGUUCUUUCAUGGACGGAUUUCUCUAUUGCUCUGUGAAUACAGGCAAGUCCACUCUGGACAGGAAAGGAAGACCUGACAUGGCUCGCCGUUGGUGUACUUUGGAAGGUGGGUUUCUCAGUUACUAUGACAAUGAGAAGAUUGCCACACCCAUCAGCCGGGUUGACAUCAGUGAUGUGGUGAGCCUGGCCAUCAACAACACUGAGAACAUCACAGAUACAGGGCCAAUGUUCACCUUUGAGUUGUAUCUGCAGUCGCAGAAAGUGCUGGUGUUUGGAGCGGAGACCUCGGAUACACAAACAGAUUGGACACGUGCUAUCGCCAAGUGUUUUGUCCCCACAAGGGCAGAUGCUCUGCUGAAGCAGGACAGUGAGCUUAUUGGCCGGUUGUACUAUAAAGAGGGUCAUGACCUUUAUCAUUGGCGAAUGGGAUGGUUCGCUCUGGUGGGUUCAGAACUGUACUUCUGCUCUGGAGAUGAAGAUGAAGAGGAGGGAGAAGUUCAAUUGAAACGCCUGCAGGAGCUCACUGUGUCCACUCAUAUGGAGGGUGAUGAGAAAAUUCAGGUCUUACUAAUGGUUGAGAGUGGAAGAACCGUUUAUAUUCAUGGCAUAACCAAGCAGGACUUUGCACUGUGGCACUCUGCCAUCCAGUUGGCAGCGAAGACAGACGGUACAGCUCUUGGUAACCAGCAAAUGAAAAAAAAUGACGUCCCUAUCAUCGUGGAUAGCUGCAUAGCUUUCGUCACCCAAUACGGUUUGUGUUGCAAGGGAAUCUACCAGAAGAGUGGUGACCAGGGGCGUGUUGCCCAGCUCUUGGAGGAGUUUACAAAGGACGCCCGAGUUGUUAAGCUGCGGGCGCAAGACCACCGACUAGAGGAUGUCACAGACACACUCAAGAGCUUUCUGUCCCACAGUGAAGAUGCACUAUUGGCUAAAGAGCUUUACCCAUUCUGGAUUUCUACUCUUGAUGAAGAGGAUGAGAAGGUCAGAGUGCAGAAAUAUUCAUCCUACAUCCAGAGUUUACCCAAGGUCAACAGGUCAACCCUUGGUGCUUUACUGCAACAUUUGUACAGGAUCCAGAGGUGUUCACACAUUAACCAGAUGAGCGCACAGAAGUUAGCAUGUGUGUUCUCCUCAUGUCUCUUUCAAACAGAGGGACACACGGCUCAGGAGACUCGAGUGGUUGAGGAUCUUAUCAACAAUUACAUCCAGAUCUUUUCUGUAAAUGAAGAACAGGUUAGGCAAAUGGAGAAAGAAAACAGCUUUAUCACCAGGUGGAAGGACAUCACAUUCUCUCCCGCUGGUGACCUGAUAUUUGAAGUCUAUUUGGAAAAAAAGCAGCCCGAAAAGUGCUGUUUAAUCAAGGUUUCUCCUAGUAUGCGAUCAGAUGAGCUUGCCGUCAGCACUUUGGAGAUGAAGGGCAUGGAGGUGGAGGUCAAAGACCUCUGGACCACCUUUGAGGUCAUUGAGAAUGGAGAGCUAGAGCGUCCCUUACACUACAAAGAGAAGAUUCUGGAGCAGGUACUGGAGUGGAGUUCCCUGGAGGAUCCCAGCUCGGCCUUCCUGCUCAUUAAAAAAUAUUCCGGCUCUGAAAUGACAGAUUCCAACUCAGAUAAACUGAAAGAUUUCAUUAAAGGAGAGCAACUCAAGUUCAAAGACGGCUCCUCCAAAUUGUUAUCAGGGAAUAAAUUUCAGGACAGAUACCUGGUACUACAGGACAAAAAACUGCUGUUAUACAAAGACAUAAAAAGUACCAAGCCAGAAAGAGAGGCUCCGUUAAAAUCUGUUAAAUGUUACUCUGGUCUUCGAAGGAAGUUGAAGCCAACAAGCAGUUGGGGAUUUACAGUUUAUACUGAAAAGCAGCAGUGGUAUUUCUGCUGUAAAGGGAAUGAUUCUCAGCAAGACUGGGUCGCCUCCAUUAUCAGAGUGAAGCAUGAAGGUGACUUAUGGCCUGAAGACCUAAAGCAGAGCGCAUCAUUACCUUACAACCUUAGCAGAGGGAGAACAUCCACUUACAGCACAACUCAGACUACCAAAGCUAAAAACAGAGAGGUUAAAGGGAAGUCAGUCAUUAGUACAAGUAUUGAGGGUUCCAAUACACAAAACCAAAUGACCACCAACGAGGGCAACCAGCCGGACUCGAUACAUAAAUUGGCUGGCAGUGAAGAAACUCAGUGUGACUCCAGGCUUGAAAUGGUGAUUGAUGACUCACUUCAGUCUCAGCAAAAAGCAUCUCUUCAACAAGACCCCAGUGCUCUCACCCCACUAUCACAGAGGAAAGCUAUGUUGCCCAGCAGAGGAGUGCAGUUGCCACAAAACCUCAUUAAUGAACUAAGUACUGUCCUUAACAAAACAGGACGCUGUCCAAAAGGAGACAAUUAAGAGAGAGUGACAAAGACAGAAAGACUGAAGUCUUGUCCAUUGCACUUCUAAUAUGCACAGAGAGGAUCAGCAAGGCAUGAGGAUUGUAUAACAAAGAAACCAAAAACAGUAAAAUUGUUGGAUUUAAAUUUUAUGUCUUUUGUGGAACUACCAAAUAAAGUAUUUUAUGAUA